UCCAUUCCAAUGGAGAUGAAAUAUAAUUUGACCAAAGAUAAAGGGGUUUAAAUGACAAAAACAGUAGCAGAUGUGCUUAAAUUGUGAAGUCACAUUUGUUUGAUGGCUUAAAUGCAUUAAUUGUUAUUAUCAUUUUGUACCCGAAAGAAACGAAAAACUCCAAAAGGACCUUCAAACUUCAACGCACGCCGUUUCUAGGGCACAUUCAGAGUCGAGUUUAGUCAACGAGAAAAUCUGCGACUGUGGAGUGUGGAGUUGAUGCAAUUACACGAUUGUGAAAAUGGAGCAUUCAUUAUGGGGAAAUCUACCGUUGUUGGUGAGAGCGAAUUCGAAGGAAUCCGUGGAGUUCAUACUCCAAACCCUAUGGAGAACUCGCAAAAUUGGACUUGAUUCAACCGAUCGCGAUGUCAUCCGUGAUAUGCUUCAACUUCAAAAUGAUGCCGACCUCGAUCCUCUUUUGGUAUGCCUACGCAUGUUGAUUCGUAGAUGUGUCUAUGAGAACAACAAUAAGGAUGAAAUACAGAAAUUAUUCCCUGAAGAAGUCUUGCCUGAGAUACAGAGAUUAUUGACACUUCUCCUACAAAAGUUCCAUAAGGAGUGGAGAGAAGAUAUAGCGAAAGAUCAGCUUCAGAGCAACACAGAGCCAAAUUCAGGAGAAACAGAUGUCAACUUUCAGUUGUCUAAAGAUAGACUAGAGACGAUGUUGAAGUCUAUGUAUUCUAUGAGUGAUCAACAAUGAAGGCCUAACAAUGUGAGUUUUGGGAUGUGGCCCCUCCUGAUUGGCUGAUCCAAUGUUCGUUUGCCAAGAAGCUGAUCCGUGAGAGAUAGAGAAUCAAUCAUCGACAUUCGCAAUCGCUAGUCGCUAAUCGCCAAUCGAAGUUGUCGACUCUGCCAAAUCGAAGUUGUCGUUGCCUGCUGGCUGUUGCGGUGCUACUACCUGCUGUUGUUCUGCAUGAUUGCAUAGCUGCAAUCCAAUCCUCACCGUAAUUUCUUCGCUAAUCAGUAAUCAUGUAUGUUUUCAGCUUUCAAUUCGACUGCUGUUCUUGACUUCUUUCCCGUUUUCAUCCUUUCAGGGAUUCAGAAUUCUCUCUUUUAUAAUUUCUAAUGUUGCACUUGUUUAGUUGUUGGAUACUUGUAAUUAGAAUUUAGAAAGUUGGAAUUGUUCAGGACUUUAGGAGCCCGUUUUGUUGCUUUUGUCUAGAAUGAACUUAUGAACUGAUAUGAAGAUAUCCUCUAUAUUUGAUUGUUGUUGGAAUUUUAGGAAUCAACUAAUUAC